AUGGCACUGCGUCGGAUUGCUCUCACCCCGGCCUUACGCCGCCUCUCCGCUGCCGGAGCUCACUUUCACAUCGCACAGGAGACGCUGACAGAGGCGGAGCGGCGCCACUUGGAGCAAGAGCUGCCACCGCGAGAGCUCUUGACGGAGUUGCGCUCCAAGGAUGAGUCACCCGGUGAGAAGAGCGAUGAUGAUGUGAAUGUGCCGGGUGAUUCCUUUGGUAUUAUGCGCAAUCGUGUUGCGUUUUACAGGCCGAUUCCACGAGAUGUGUACGCCGGAGACUUGGGGGAGCUGUUCCCUGAGGGGUGCCAUCCGAUGCGCUGCGUCAACCCUUCCACGUUGAGGCGUCUCUGCGGACAAUUUGCUCUGAGCCCCGCGGAGGCGGCUGCGGUAAUGUUAGAGGCGGAACUGGACAUCAAUGUGGCAGUAGAUAUUAUUCUGAAGCGCAAAAGGUUUAAAGCAGGCUUUGGAAGUUUUGGAUUGGUUGGCUUUGAGGCCUACGCACCGGAGACGUUUUGUUUGGUGAGCUUCGCUCUUCCAUCUUUUGAAGCCACACGCAAUGAUGAUGUGCUUGACGCCAUCCAUGAGUUAACGUUAUCCGCGGCGGAGCUGCCUUUGGAUGUGCCAAAAGGUGAACUUGUCAAUAAAUUUUUGACUCAUUGGACGACUGAGGAUGGAACGAGUUGCAAAGAGAUGAUGGACUCCUUUGACAUCACUGUUCAGCGCAUUAUUUUGUUGCCCUACGGGGAGUACAGCGCUCAGGGUUUUCAUAUUCUGCACCCUGUCAAGGAGGACGUUCCAAACAUCGGAACAGGGGCAGCAGCAUGCUGUCUGGAUCUUCGAACGGGCAUACACAAUCGCUUUCGGUUUCAUGUGGAACGUGUCGCCGAUUCUUUGAGCGAGCAUAUACUCCGCGAGCUGGUGCACUACGGGCAACACAUCCAUUUGUUUCGGCAGGCGUAUUGGUUUAAACCAGAGUACAGCGUGGAAGAGUACAUACGCUUUAAGGAGUCUUUGUUGCAACCGAGCGCAUCUAUUUUUGAGAUGCGCUAUGCGGUGCUCGCGGCAGUUCCUUACGCCCUGGAAGGUUACCGCAACCUUGUGGAGGUAGAGAAACUGAAGGUGGCACAGCACAAGUAUGAGAAGCACUACGAGGAUUUCACUUCACCUGGUAAAUGGAUGACGAGCGAUAAUGCCCAGCUUCAGACCGUUGCGACGGGCAGCGGGAAUGCGCCCGGGUCAGUAAUGCACAUGCAAACGAAUAGUCCAGAUACUUCCAAGACUGCGAUGGAGACAAGAACAGCACCGCUCCGUCAUGUUCUGGAAAAAUCUAUUCAGGCCCAUGGAGACCGCGUUUUUGACCGCUUCUAUCGCAAUAACUAUCAUUAG